CGGUAGUAGUAGUAGUAGUAGUAGUAGCAGUAGCAGUAGUAGUAGUAGUGGUUGUGAACGAGUGGUGCGAUGAUUUGCGCGGACAGGAGUUGCCGAUCCAAAGGCCUGGUUCAGGAGUGAUCCUGAGCUGACGGUAGAAUCAAGAUCAAGACCUUCGCCUAAUCAAGAUCAAGAUCAUCAACAAUAACAACACGUGCGCCGCCAGCAGAUGAUCGGGCACUGGUAAUGGAGUAGCCAUGGAUGAGCAGUAUUACGACUAUUACGAAGGACAGUUUAGUGAUGCUGACGAAGACAGUGACAGUGCCUACCAGCCAUGCCGAAAGCUGCUUGUAAGGGAACCAAAGAACAAUGUUGAUGAGAACUGGGAAGUGAGUGAUGAGGAAAAAGUGCAGCAAGAUGGACAGCAUGGAGAAGAGGAGGGUGAUGAUUCCGACUUUGAUGAAGACGCAUAUUUUGUGGAUGAAGACAGCAAAGACCUUACAAAACAGUACAACAAGAGUAACCAGCAAGGACCCAACCAUUCUUCCCUCCAAAAUAUGAAGGUUGAGAAGUUCCAACCAUCAGAGAAACUGUUUAAGAAGUAUGCAAAUAAGAUAUGUCUUGAGAAGUUUGAAGGCUUGCGUGGCUAUAGUGAUCAUGUAACCAACAAAAUUGUGGAGACACAGAGAAGAGCUGAGAAUGAAAGGCAAAGAGUACGAGAUAAAUCAGAACGGGCAACAGUGGAGCAGGUUUUAGACCCACGCACUCGGAUGAUCCUCUUUAAGUUCCUCAACAAAGGCACCAUCACAGAGAUUAAUGGCUGCAUCUCAACAGGGAAAGAAGCCAAUGUGUACCAUGCAUUGAAUGGUGAUGGUCAGGAGUUGGCUGUCAAAAUAUACAAGACUUCAAUCCUCACCUUCAAGGAUCGAGACAGAUAUGUUUCUGGGGACUACAGGUUCCGUCAUGGAUAUGGGAAGCACAACCCUCGCAAGAUGGUACGAACUUGGGCUGAGAAAGAGACGAGUAAUCUGUUCCGCCUGUUCAACUGUGGCCUGCCAGUGCCCCAGCCAAUGGUACUGCGUUCCCACGUCCUAGUCAUGGAGUUCCUUGGUACAGGUUCAGUCCCUGCACCAAGGCUGAAGGAUGCUGAAAUCUCUGAGUCCAAGGCGCGAGAGUUGUAUCACGACCUGGUGGAGCACAUGUGGACCAUGUACAGAGAGUGUCGGCUGGUUCACGCUGAUCUCAGUGAAUUCAACCUUCUAUACCACAAAGGUCAGGCUUAUAUCAUUGAUGUAUCCCAGUCAGUUGGGCCAGAUCACCCACAUGCCUUGGACUUUUUACGUAAGGAUUGUACCAACAUCACAGAAUAUUUCAGGAAAAAAGGUGUUCCUACUAUGAAAGUUCAGGAACUGUUCAACUUUAUUGUGGACCAGAGCAUCACUAAGGAAAACAGAUCAGAGUACCUCGACAAGAUGAAGGAAGUAGCAUCCCAACGGCCUGUGGGACAGUUGACAGACCAAGAAAAGGUGGAUGAAGAAGUGUUCAAAAAUGUCUUCAUUCCCAAGACACUGGACCAGGUUAUAGAUUUUGAAAGAGAUAUGGAGGAUUUAAAGCUUGGAGAAAAGACUGAAAAGGACAUCCAUUACUGUCGUAUCCUUGGCCUUAAGAAGGACCUCACAGGGCCAGAAGUCCAUCCAGAUUCACCAACUCAAGAUUCAUCUGGAUCUGAUGAGGAACAUAGUAAAGAUGAUGAUAGUGAUGGUGAGGAGGAAGCAGGCAAACGCACUACACCUGGCAGACCAAAAGGGGAAUCUUUAUCUGUAAAGAAAGAACGGAAGAAGGCGGUUAAGGAAGCUCAAGCUGAAAAAAGAAAAACUAAGGUCAAGAAACAUGUAAAAAAGAGAGCUGAGAAAGAGAAAAAGAAAAGACAUUAGUUAUCAGGAAAAAUUUUAAAACUGUUUUCAAAUGUGUAGUGGUAACUUUAAGAAAAAUUAAAACCAGUGGCCUAAUUUUGCAAAAUUUCAUUUUUAAUGUCUUCAUUCUUUUUAUAUUCAUGGAAGUUGACUUUUCUAUUUGUGUAUUUUAUACAUCACCACAUGUAAAGUAUCAUCCAAGAAAAGAAUUAAAAAAAUAAUAAAUGCUAAGAACAAUCAAUACAGUAAAAAUUGAGUGCACAUCUCCAACAGCUUUUCACAUAAGUCAAGCAAAUAACAUCUGAUUCAUUCUUUCAUCCUUAGACCAUGACUUGAAGAUGCCAACACUUGUGUCAUUGCUAGUUCCCAAACUUUUCACACAGGAUGUCAGUAACUGGUUUAUUGGCCUAUACUUAAAUAUGAUUGCAUAGCUAUUUACUCGGUACGUAAAAGUACAUAAAAUUCAUAUCUUGAGAACACAUGCACACAGAUUUUUUUGUAAACAAUUAUUUGGUUAUAUAAAUAAUUUUGUUAAAGUUAUAAAGGGACUGCUGUAUACCCACUACUACAACCCCAGGGAUAAUACUUUCUUAUAAUGUAUGUUUGUGGUGCAGUCCCAACUGCAGUACCUUCUCUUCAACUGUUCUUGCCCUUAUAUUUACCUCUUAUAAGAGUUGAAUUGGCUUCAAAUUUAGAUAUGCAAUGUACCUUCAUGUUGCGCACAAAAUUGGUAGUUAGUGUUCACACAGGUCACCAUCAGUAAGCCUGGUGAGACACGGUCAGAUGAGGGUCACUUCUUCAUGUUUGUUUCCUCUCACAAAACAUCCUUCAGGCACAUCAUCAUUACAUAUUGCCAAGGUUGUUUCCAUGGUGUCAGAGUCUGAUGAGUGCCAAGAUUAUUCCACAGACUCGUGUUUGUGUGUGUGUGUGUGUGUGAGUGUGUGUGUGUGUGUGUCAUUGUGCUGAUGGUUGUUCAUCAUGACAACCAAGAUAUGCACCACUGCCAUUCUUGCUCUCUUUACUGACGCUCAUAAACACUUAUUGUGCUGAAAUAUACCAUCACAUCUGCUUUCUGGGAUGACAUGUACUCGCAGAAUAACAUGAGGGUGUAGAAAACAAUAAUUCCUACCUGUCUCUCAUUGUACUCCCCAUGAUGUCAGUCCAGAAAAUGUAGAUGCCCUGGAGGUAUACGAGUUGAGUACUUUAAUGUACAUUUGAUGAAUUGAAGAAUUCUUACAAUUUUAAAGGAAAAACAAAUUAAUUGGGUUUGAGUAUGAGGUGUAAUUGUAACUAUAAGUUACAAUUCAGAUUUUUUUAAGAUUUAGGACCACUUUCCUUCAUGAAGUCCAGAUCUUUGAGGUUUACUGUACUGUAUACUGUAUUUGUAUAUGCAUAGAAUCUAGAUAUAAAAAUUGGCUGUAUAUGACAUACAUACAUACUUGAGUAAUUCAGAGUAAUGCAUGAAAGGAGAAUGAGAAGAUUAGAGAAUACAAGGGCUGAGGGAAAAAAAAUAGACUUCUGUUGUAACCAUCCUCUUGGGACAGUUCUUACACAGGAUCAAAUAUAGAUAUAUGGAUAGAUACAAAAUUACUGAAUUAUUGUUUACUGAUUUCUUGUGUAAUGUGUCAGAAUGGAUCUUACCACAGACUAUAUGGCUGCAUUGGAAAAAAUACCAUCUCUGCAUUUUUUAGUGUGUCAUAAAAGGCAUCUAAAAGGAUGGAGCACUUGGACCGCUUAUGUAUUUUUCUAGUGAGAGGUUUGUCUCAGGUAUCAAUCUUAAAGGAAGAUCUCAUCCUGUAAAACUGAUAUGUACUGAUGAUUAGUAUUUGUGAAAAACACCUUUCUAGUGCAAGUUUAAUAACAGUGUAUUCUUACAAAGUCAACAGAUCCUCAUGGUCAGCUAGUGCCAUACUGACUUGUUACACAUGUGGCUAAACAAUUAUUUUUUUACAAGAAAAAGUACUUUGUAUGGAUUUAAAUAAGACAGUUAUGCUGUUUUGUGCUGGAUUUAUGAAGGCAUCUUUCAGUUUCAUUAGUGCAAUUUUGGUAAAUUUGUCAUUAGGGUGCAUGCAUCAUCUGUGCCUUGGUUUGCUCCCCACUGCCAGAAACACAUCAAAGGAAAACCAGAGGAAACCUCAGUGACACUAGUGGUUUUACAUUUACAUACAGUAUAGUAUGUAAGUACCAGUCUAUAAUUCUUAAUUGUUCAUUUAUUACAUAUGCUGUAUGAACUAAACAUGAUUACAUGUAUUUCUUUCUGGAUUCAUUAUGCUGAUAUAAACAAGCUUAGCACCAUUAAUUAAAAGAUGGUGCCUGUCAACUCAGCUGAGGUGUGCACCACUGCUGACAGAUUUAAAGAAAAAAGAUUAAAUUGGUUGGCAAAAAAGAUGGGGUGCUAUUGGAUGUUUAUUUUAGUAAAGGUGUAGUAUGGAUGACAUGUUUUUGUGAUUGUGAUGUUUUAUUAUAUUUUCAACUACUUUAUGUACUUUUUGGCCAUGAAAAGGAUCUAAUUGAUUGUUCAUGGAUCUGACAUUUUUGUAGAUGUUUCUGUAGUCUGAUCCCAGUGAAUGUCGGGAACUGAAUGUACCAUGAUAUCUCUAAACCACAGCUUACUUGUCAAUUAAUUAUUAUUAUAAAUGGUUGAAUAAAUUUAUUUUGUAUA